CACUAAAUGAAGCCCUUAAUCUUCUUUUGCAGAACCAAAAAACAAAAGAACAGAUUGAAAGCUUGUUACAGAAUGGAAAGCACAAGGAGCUCCGGGAUCGUCUGUGCUGCCGCCUGACGUUUGGCACUGCCGGGCUGCGUUCGGCCAUGGGAGCAGGAUUCUGCUACAUCAAUGACCUUACAGUCAUCCAGUCAACACAGGGGAUCUACAAAUAUCUUGAGAGGAAUUUUUCAGACUUUAAGCAGAGAGGCUUUGUGGUUGGAUAUGACACACGAGGUCAGGUCACCAGCAACUGCAGCAGUAAGAAGCUUGCAAAGCUCACUGCAGCAGUCCUGCUGGCUAAGGAUGUACCUGUGUACUUCUUCUCCACCUAUGUCCCUACACCUUUUGUGCCAUAUGCUGUUCAGCAGCUCAGAGCUGUGGCUGGUGUGAUGAUCACAGCAUCCCACAACAGGAAGGAGGACAACGGAUACAAGGUUUACUGGGAGAAUGGAGCACAGAUCACUUCUCCUCACGACAAGGAAAUUAUAAAAUGUAUAGAAGAGUGUGUUGAACCAUGGAAUGGCUCUUGGAAUGAAAACCUAGUAGACACCAGUCCACUUAGGCAGGAUCCUCUGAAGAAAAUUUGUGACUCCUACAUGGAGGAUCUGAAAAAGAUCUGUUAUCAUAGGGAGCUAAAUGUGCAAACCAGUUUGAAGUUUGUUCAUACCUCUUUCCAUGGAGUAGGACAUGACUACGUGCAAUUGGCUUUCCAAGCCUUUGGCUUUCAGCCCCCCAUUCCAGUACCUGAACAGAAAGAUCCAGAUCCAGACUUCUCUACUGUCAAAUGCCCAAAUCCUGAAGAAGGAGAAUCAGUGCUGGAGUUGUCACUGAGGCUUGCAGAGAAAGAAAAUGCUAAAGUAGUAGUGGCCACUGAUCCAGAUGCAGAUAGACUAGCAGUGGCAGAACAGCAGGAAAAUGGCUGCUGGAAGGUGUUCAGUGGCAACGAGCUCGCAGCAUUGUUUGGGUGGUGGAUGUUUUCACGCUGGAAGGAAAACUGUUCUGAAGAUGCUGAUGUGAAGAAUGUUUACAUGUUGGCCACCACAGUCUCCUCGAAAGUUUUGAGGGCAAUUGCACUUAAAGAGGGAUUUCACUUCGAAGAAACACUCCCUGGUUUUAAAUGGAUUGGAAGUAGAGUAAAAAAUCUCCUGGAUAAUGGAAAAGAAGUUCUCUUUGCAUUUGAAGAGUCUAUUGGCUUCAUGUGUGGCACAUCAGUGUUGGAUAAAGAUGGUGUGAGUGCAGCUGUGGUCAUAGCUGAAAUGGCAACUUACCUGGAGGGCCAGAACCUGUCACUGGCACAGAAACUCACUGAGAUAUAUGAAACGUAUGGAUAUCACAUAUCCAAGACUUCUUACUUCUUGUGCUAUGAACCUCCUACUAUCAAGAGGAUAUUUGAGAGGCUCCGGAACUUUGAUGGUCCUCAGUCUUACCCAAGAUGUUGUGGCAUUUACAAUAUACUACAUGUCCGAGAUAUCACCACUGGUUAUGACAGCAGCCAGCUGAACAAGAAAUCGGUGCUGCCAGUGAGUAAAAGCAGUCAGAUGAUCACCUUCACGUUUCAGAAUGGUUGUGUUGCCACCCUACGCACUAGUGGGACAGAACCAAAGAUCAAGUAUUACGCCGAGAUGUGUGCACUACCUGAGCAGAGUGACAGGAGCGUGUUGGAAGAAGAACUUCAGAAGCUUAUUGAGGCUUUGAUUGAGAAUUUUCUGGAACCUGACAAGAAUGGGCUGACCUGGCGCUCUGCUUAG